AUGGCCGAUGAUGGAGAUUAUUUUGUAUGCUCAUGGUGCCGUGGCGGCUGCACAGCGGAGGGCUGCACGCUCGACUUCGACAUCGGCGUCUUCAACAAGGAGAAGAUCUCCCUCGCCAGCCACGACGAGUAUGUGGUGGCGGGCGGGUGCAACCUCUUCCCACUGCCCCCGGAGGCGUCAAGGGCGUCAUGUCCUCUGUCGUAUGAUGUUUCUUUGGAGUCAAAUUCCUUGGGGGUUGCCAACAUGUGCCAUUUUGCGAGAAGGUGUGCUAAUCUCAAAAUGCUACUUCAUGUUUCCACUGCUUUUGUAGCAAGAGAGCAAGAAGGUCUGAUACUAGAAAAACCUUUAAAUAUGGGAGAAACGAGAAGGAGCGGUUACCACUUGGACAUUAAAUCUGAGCUAAAACUAGUUGACAAUGUUAAGUCAAAACUCAUGGUGGAAUCCUCUCCUGAAAUGUUAGUAAAGAAGACAAUGAAGGAACUUGGAUUAAAAAGGUCUAAGCACUUUGGUAGGCCUAAUGUGUAUUCACUCACAAAGGCUUUGGGAGAGAUGUUUCUUGGGAACUUGGCACAAGACCUUCCAGUUGUAAUAGUCAGGCCAAGCAUCAUAACAAGCACUUUUCGGGAUCCAAUGCCUGGAUGGAUAGACGGGACUAGGACAAUUGAUAUGUUGUAUGUUGCCUACAAUGACCAGACGAUUCCAUGUUUCUUCGCCAACCGCAGUGUCAUAUGUGAUCUGAUACCAGGAGAUAUGGUGAUUAAUGCAAUCAUUGUAACCAUGGCCACUCAUUGGGAUAAGCCUCGAUCUCAAGUAAUUUAUCAUGUUGCCUCGGGCCUUCGAAACCCUGUGCAUUAUUCAGUCACGGAGGAAUCGCUAUAUGAAUACUUCAACAGAAAUCCUCGUGUAACAAAGGAUGGAAGGAUUGUGAAAAAUAAAAGGACACUCUUGUUCAAGAAAUACACACACUUCCACCUAUACAUGAUCCUACGGUAUAAGCUCCCCCUAGAGAUGUUGCAUGCGCUAAAUGUAUUUGGAGGUUUGUUUUCCCAACAUUACAAGAAGCUCAACCGCGGUUACUACUUCUUGAUGUUAGUUGCCAAGUUGUACGCUCCAUAUGUGUUCUUCAAAGGGUGCUUUGAUGACACAAAUAUGACCAAGUUGUGGGAGGCAACCGCUACUAGCCAAAAUGAUGCUUCUACCUUUUGUUGUGAUCCUGGGUGCAUUAAUUGGGGCGUAUACCUUGUGAACACACACAUCCCCGCUGUUCUGGAGUAUGCUCACAAUAAUCAUCAAAUGAAGAAAGAAGGUCAGAGUGGGUAA